GGAGAGAGAGGGAGAGAGAGAGAGUUGAAUUGAGAGAGAGAGAAUAAAGUUGUUUCGAACAUCAGCAAGCAGAAAGAGGGGAGGGGAAAGAAGUUGGACAUGAUCACUCUGGCAGUAACUUUUUCUUUCCCCUGGUAAGAAGGCUACAGCAGAAAAAGUAUUGAAGGGAGAGAACAGUGUGGAUUACAACGGGACAGCAGCAAAUGUUUUUUUUUACCAGCCUCGGCAGCAUAUAGGCUACUGUAGAUUUUGGAUUAAUGUUGUCGUAACUGCAGAGAUCUAACUAUAGCUGUAGCAGUUGAGGUGUGUGUGUAUCCAGAGGAGUGCGUCAUGAGGAAUCUCCGCUUCCUGGUUCUGCUCACCCUCAGCCUCUGGUCAUGUGACCUGGGAGCAUCAUCCAAAGAAGUACAAUGCCCUUCCCAACAGGUAGAUGACUGGAAGUUCCCUCAGACGGCCAGACACAACAUCACAGGUUUCAAUCUGGUGCGGCGCUUCUCCCUGCUCAAGACAGCAGCGGUCAGGAAGAUCCGUAACCCCCGAGGACCCGUUAUCCUCCGACUGGGCAAGACAGCACUCAUCCACCCCACAGAUCAGGUGUUCCCCCAUGGUCUUCCUGAUGAGUUCACGCUGGUCUUCACUUUGCUCCUCAAGAAGAAAACACUGAGAGACAACAUCUACCUCUUCCAGAUCUCUGAUGAACAGGGAUACCCACAGUUUUCUCUUGACCUGAAUGGCCCUGAGGCCACCCUGUCCCUGCGUGCGCGGGGGGCCGACCCCCUGAGUGACCCAGUUGGGUGUUUGUUCAGUGGGGAGGUCGUUGAGUCUCUCCUGGACAGUGGCUGGCACAAACUGUCCCUCAGCGUCCAACAGGGAGCAGCCUCUCUACACGUGGACUGCAGCUCCAUCCAGACCAUGCCCCUGGAGCCCCGGGGAGAGCUACCCACCAAAGGACACACCCUGCUGGGCAUCAGAGCCGCUGAUGCUGCCCCUGUGGAGAUGGACAUUCAGCAGGUGAUGGUGUACUGUGACGCCUCCCUGGCCAGUCAGGAGGCCUGCUGUGAGAUACCUGGUGCUCGGUGCCCCCCUGGUGCCCUCAAGAGUCGCCGCGCUGCCGAAAACGAGCUGGAGCAGCAGGUCCUUGCCUUUAAUCAGGAGAUCCUUGGAUCCCAGGGCCUGGCAGAGGAAUUGGCUUCAGUUGGACACGCUGGACAGCACGGAAUGAAGGGAGAGAAGGGAGAUCGGGGUUCAGACUGCAGUGACUCUGGAUCUGGUACAUGCAAAGAGGGACGCAUGGGACAGAAGGGGGAGAAAGGCGAGUCUGUGCUGCCCGCUAACUGGGGAGAAGCUGUCGGACACAAGGGAGAUAAAGGACAGAAGGGAGAUAUUGGUCUCCAGGGACUAUCUGGUACCCCAGGAAAGGAUGGUCGGGCUGGAUCCAUCUGUGUGGUGGGACCCAAGGGACAGAAGGGUACCUCUGGAAAGUUGGGGCCUGAAGGACUAGCAGGAGAACCGGGAAAACCCGGACUUCCAGGAAUGCCAGGAAUUGGAGAACCAGGCCUGCCAGGCCUGCCAGGCACUCCUGGAGGACCUCCUGGAUCAAAGGGAGACAAGGGUCAUUCUGGGACACCAGGGAAAGAUGGAGAACCAGGAGAUCCUGGUCCAAGGGGUCCUGGUGGUGGUAAAGGAGAUAAGGGUGACCCAUGUGAGGUUUGUCCCGUCCUGUCUGCAGACCUGGGCAACACUGUGGCCCUCCACGGGAACACGGGGCCCAAAGGAGAGCCUGGGGUCCCUGGGAUAGGAGAUCCUGGCCUCCCGGGUCUUCAAGGAGCAGAUGGGAAGGCAGGAGAGAAGGGAGGGGUGGGGUCUGAUGGUGUCAAAGGGGAAAAGGGUGAUGCAUGUGCUGUGUGCCCCACCCUGAGUGAAAUACCGGCUGCCAAAGUUGUUGCCAUGGAACAAACCCUGAAACACAAAGGAGAGAGAGGAAAACCUGGGCUGGGACAGAAGGGAGAACAGGGGGAACCUGGAGUCAGUGGCCUGGCAGGGCUGAGAGGAGAGAAGGGUAACACUGGUGGCAAAGGAGCUGACGGUAAAACGGGCAAAGCUGGACCCAGAGGACCUAGUGGCAAGGAUGGACUGAAGGGGAUACAGGGAGAUCCAGGGAUUCCUGGUCUAGGAACUGCAGGCCCUAAAGGAGAGAAGGGUGCGUCGUGUGGGGUGUGCCAGUCUUCUCCCUCUGAGGUGGGCAGUGGGACGUCCUCCGUCAAGGUGCUAGCGGGUGAAACUGGCCCUCCAGGGCCCGCCGGGCCUGCAGGAGAGGGCACCGAUGGAAAACAGGGUGUGCCAGGUCGUGAUGGUCUAAGGGGAGAGAAGGGCGACCAGGGUGAGCAGGGAGACCAAGGAUUAGCCGGCACCCAUGGAACCCAGGGCCUGCCUGGAGAGCCUGGUCGGGAUGGACUAACUGGACUGAAGGGAGAGAAGGGAGAUGCGUGUGAGAGCUGUGCGCCUGUCUCUGGACGGCAGAUGGGUGUAGGAGAGGUGCAGGGAGCCAAGGGAGAGAGGGGCAACCCGGGACCCCCAGGAGAGGGGAAAGCAGGGAAACAUGGCAAACCAGGUCUUCCCGGUGUCCAAGGGCCUAUAGGACCAAAAGGAAGCCAGGGUGACCCAGGAGUUGAAGGGGUGGGCAUCCCAGGCCAUCAGGGAGCAGAAGGACCCAGAGGCCUACCAGGGGUGGCAGGUCCUCAGGGAAUUAGAGGACUUACUGGACCAGUUGGGCCUGCUGGGGACAUGGGUCCUAAAGGAGAAGAGGGGCCUCCAGGGCCACAGGGGCCCAUGGGUGUAGGUGUUACAGGACCCCAGGGUAAAGACGGCAAAGGUGGAUCCAAUGGAAUCCCAGGAGCUGAUGGAAGAGAUGGAACUGACGGAGCCAAGGGGGACAAGGGUGAACCUGGAGACUGUAACUGUAUCAGCCCUCCAUACGCAGGAACAGGUGGACCGGGAGCACCAGGAACUAUGGGAGGAAACACGUGGCAGGGGGCUCCGGGACAACCAGGUCCUCCUGGUCCUCCUGGGCCACAGGGCUUCAUCGGCAUCACAGGACCCCAGGGUAACCCUGGCAACGACGGGGUACCAGGGCAGCCGGGUCUGCCUGGGAGAACUCAUCUGAGGCUGCCUCAGGAUGAGGACCCCAGUCGAGGAGAUGGAAAGAAGGUGUGUGAGGACUGCUCCAAGGGCUUGCCAGGGGUACCAGGCAUGGCGGGCACCAAGGGAGAGAAAGGAGACGAGGGCAAGACUGGCAUAGGCCAUGCUUCCGACGGCUGUGAGAGGUGUUUCCUAAACCAAAGGCUGCAGGGGGAGGAGGCUGCACAGGCUCCUACCACCACCAACACCGAUGGAGCAAAUGGAGGCUGCUCCGGACCAGGAACACCAGGCCACCCAGGAAUACCAGGAGCACCUGGAAUAACGGGAGAGACGGGUCCUCAGGGGCAAAGGGGACAGGCUGGAGUACCAGGAAAUAUGGGUCCUCCUGGUUUUCCUGGUCCUCAAGGCUCAUCUGGACUUACUGGUCAGCAGGGUGAGAGAGGAACAGCAGGACCACCAGGUGUGAAGGGUGAAACGGGCCCUCCAGGGACUAAUGGAUACCCAGGUUCUAUGGGACCACCUGGGCUUCCUGGCCUGAAGGGCGAGAGAGGGACACCAGGCGGUGCGGGAACGAAGGGAGAAUCGGGUCCACCAGGCAACCCAGGAUACCAGGGAAAGGCUGGAGUAGCGGGACCCAAAGGAGAGGCUGGACUGGCAGGUUCCGAUGGACCGAAGGGAGAUCAGGGCUCCCAAGGGCAACCAGGAUUCCCAGGAACACCGGGCCCCCCUGGUCCCCCUGGGAAACAAGGAAGAGAAGGACCACCUGGACCCAAGGCUGACAAGGGUAAUGAUGGACCACAAGGUCCGCAGGGCUCGUCUGGACCUCCAGGUUCUUCUGGGUCUCCUGGCUUGCAGGGACCUCCUGGAUUUGAGGGAUUGGACGGUAAAGAUGGGAAACCAGGAAUGAGGGGUGAGCCAGGGAUUCCAGGGACGGUAGGACCCAGAGGAAUCCCGGUGAGUGCCUUUUCACCUUUACAUGACCCCUACAUACAGUGGGGCAAAAAAGUAUUUAGUCAGCCACCAAUUGUGUAAGUUCUCCCACUUACAAAGAUGAGAG